UAAAGCUUCUCUUUGACUCGAUUCUAUGAGCUGAAACACAAGAGAAACCAGAGAAGAAAAGAAAGAAAAACAGAACGUGYGAAGAUCUGUCACUCAUCAAAAAGGAAAAAAAAAGACUAUUAUUCCAGCAAGCAGAAGGCCAAAAACACACAUCCAAAGCCAAGAUGGAUAUACAGGUUAUAUACGAUAUUUUAGGAGAAAAUGCCUGGUACUAUAUCACUGCCGCCUUCCUGGUGUUGUGGAUUCUUGUGUGGCUGUACAGAGACAGGCUGGAGAUCGAGGGCAUCUCUGAUAAGUACGUCUUCGUGACUGGUUGCGACACGGGCUUUGGGAACCUUCUGUGUAAAARACUCGACCGUAGAGGUUUUCGAGUGUUGGCCGGCUGUCUCACGGAGAAGGGGGCUGACGAUCUGAAGAGAGCGGCGAGUUCACGUUUGAAAACCGUCCUGCUGGACGUGACCAAUCAGGACAGCAUUCAGAAUGCCAUGGAGUGGACCAAGAAGGAGGUUGGUGAUAAAGGACUUUGGGGUAUCGUGAACAACGCUGGCCGCUCACUACCCAUGGGUCCUUCUGAGUGGAUGAAAGUGGAAGAUUUCCACAGCACCCUGAAAGUGAACAUGGGUGGAGUGAUUGCCAUGACAAUGACCUUCCUGCCUCUCAUCAAAAAGGCUCAUGGACGAAUUGUAAACGUAGCAUCUGUGCUGGGAAGAGUGGCUGCAAACGGUGGUGGAUACUGCAUCUCUAAGUUUGCAGUAGAGUCUUUCUCGGACUGCCUCAGGAGGGAUAUACAUUACUUUGGAAUCAAAGUGUGCAUCAUUGAGCCGGGCUUUUUUAAGACAGCUGUGACUAAUCUUGAAACUCUAGAGAGGGAGCUGCAUCGUCUGUGGAAUCAGCUCAGCCCCGAAGUAAAAGCCAGCUAUGGAGACAAGUACCUGGAUAAAU